GGCGGCGAGGACGGCGGCAGCGGCCGAGGCGGAGGGGGCGGUGGCUACGAGGGGGUAGCGCAGCAAGCGGAAGAGGCCCCCGUGCCAGCGGCUAGCUCACCUCGGAACACCAUUGGGAUCAGUGACUACAGAUUUGACAAGAUGAGUAACAGCCACCCUCUUCGGCCCUUUACUGCAGUGGGGGAAAUUGAUCACGUGCAUAUUUUGUCUGAACAUAUUGGUGCCUUGUUGAUUGGAGAAGAAUAUGGCGAUGUCACAUUUGUUGUGGAGAAGAAACGUUUUCCUGCCCACCGGGUAAUUUUAGCAGCCAGGUGCCAGUAUUUUAGAGCGUUGCUGUACGGCGGAAUGCGCGAGUCCCAGCCUGAAGCGGAAAUCCCUCUCCAGGACACCACCGCUGAAGCCUUCACAAUGCUGCUCAAGUACAUCUACACCGGGCGGGCAACCCUAACGGACGAGAGGGAGGAGGUUCUGCUGGACUUUCUGAGUCUGGCUCAUAAAUACGGCUUUCCAGAGCUGGAGGAUUCUACUUCUGAGUAUCUCUGCACCAUACUUAACAUCCAGAACGUCUGUAUGACUUUUGAUGUUGCCAGUCUCUACUCGCUCCCCAAGUUAACUUGCAUGUGCUGCAUGUUCAUGGACAGAAAUGCUCAAGAGGUGCUCUCCAGUGAAGGUUUCCUCUCCCUUUCCAAGACAGCACUUUUAAACAUCGUAUUAAGAGAUUCAUUUGCAGCUCCCGAAAAAGAUAUUUUCUUAGCUUUGUUAAACUGGUGUAAGCACAAUUCAAAGGAAGAUCAUGCUGAAAUCAUGCAAGCUGUGCGUUUACCUCUGAUGAGCCUCACUGAACUCCUGAACGUUGUGAGGCCUUCGGGACUGUUGUCUCCUGACGCCAUUCUGGAUGCCAUUAAAGUGCGCUCGGAGAGCCGGGAUAUGGACCUCAAUUACAGAGGCAUGCUCAUACCAGAAGAAAACAUUGCAACUAUGAAGUAUGGAGCCCAGGUUGUAAAAGGGGAGCUGAAGUCUGCCUUACUGGAUGGUGACACUCAAAAUUACGAUUUGGAUCAUGGAUUUUCAAGGCACCCAAUUGAUGAUGAUUGCCGUUCGGGCAUUGAGAUUAAGCUAGGUCAGCCGUCCAUUAUCAAUCACAUACGUAUACUCCUGUGGGACCGGGACAGCCGCUCCUAUUCCUACUUUAUUGAAGUGUCAAUGGAUGAACUUGAUUGGAUCAGAGUGAUAGAUCAUUCACACUAUCUGUGUCGGUCUUGGCAAAAGUUGUAUUUUCCAGCCCGUGUUUGCAGGUAUAUUCGAAUAGUUGGGACUCACAACACAGUGAACAAGAUUUUUCACAUUGUGGCUUUUGAGUGCAUGUUUACAAACAAAAUCUUCACUCUGGAGAAGGGGCUGAUAGUUCCCACAGAGAAUGUGGCAACCAUUGCUGACUGUGCCAGUGUGAUUGAAGGAGUCAGUCGGAGCCGAAACGCCUUGCUGAAUGGGGACACCAAGAAUUACGAUUGGGACUCUGGCUACACAUGUCACCAGCUAGGAAGUGGUGCGAUUGUGGUUCAGCUGGCACAACCAUACAUGAUUGGGUCGAUCCGGUUACUACUUUGGGACUGUGAUGAUCGAAGCUACAGCUAUUAUGUUGAGGUUUCCACCAACCAGCAGCAGUGGACCAUGGUGGCUGACAGAACAAAAGUGUCCUGCAAGUCCUGGCAGUCAGUGACUUUUGAAAGACAGCCCGCCUCCUUUAUCCGAAUCGUUGGCACACACAACACGGCAAACGAGGUGUUCCACUGCGUCCACUUCGAGUGUCCAGAGCAGCCAAGCACCCAGAAGGAUGAACGCGGCGAGGAGCCAGCUGCCGGGGACGGAAGCCCGGCCACUCCGCAGCUCGACCCUCAAGCCCUGCGGGCCGCAGUGGACAGGAGCCCAGUAGGCUCCGAAGCCACCAUGUGUUGGCCUCUGUGUGUCCCAAGACCACACACCCAAGUUGGGAACACAGCUCUGAAAAAUGCCCCCAGUCUGCCCAGAAGGAGCUCCCUGACUGCAGCCGCGCGCUGAUCGUGUGUCGCCAGUGACAUCCCACCGCUGCUGACCCUGCCUGCAGCCCCGCUGAGCCUCAGCAUUCUCCGCCCCGGGCCUCUGCUGCCUCUGUGGGCUCCAGCUCCCGUGGCCAGAUGGCAAGGCGUGCUGCCCACUCAGCGCUUCCUAGCUGGCUGGGACUGUCCGACAGCGAGGCUGUAUACUUGGGCCCAGUGACCUCUGGGAGGCAGUGGUCCAGGGCCCUGGCUCUGGGGACAUUGGCAACUUGUCAUUUGGUGGCUCUACAUCACAUCCCAAAGCACCCUGACCCACAGGCAUGGCU